AGUAUAUUGCGGCCUCUGCUUGCGUACGGUCGUUUGUUAAGGGCAUGACAAUUGGUUUGUCUCGGUGCCGCGUUUCGUAAAACGAGUCCGCGAUUCCGUCGCCGCGUACUGCCAAUGCAAAACGAGCGUGUGGUGUACCGUCGUGCACGUCUAUCACUCGCGAGCACGCUUCGGCUUGGCACUUACCGUUUAUAAAAACGGGGAAAGGACGAAGGCGAAAGAAACUGAUCGGAUGAGUGCGACUUCUUCGCGCCAGUAAAGGCGUCCUUCCGCGUUCCCGCUAACGUACGUGCACGAGAUCCAGCGGUCGCGUGAGAGUGGAGUGAUUCUUUUUUUUUUCUACUUCCAACGGGCAGUGCCGCGAAAAGGGAAGCAGACGGAGGACGGGAAACUGCAGUUUAAAAGUGAAGUUCUCGAUGACUUUUCGCGAUCGGUCACCGAGAGACCCGCAGGGAUGACGAGAUAGCCCCCCAUCCGACGUAUUGGAUUACCAUGCUGGACACGGCCACGAGUCGCAGGUGGCUGUUAGAAGUUCAGGCUGAAACCGCGAAGAGUACCGAUUGGCAUCAGCAUGCUCGUGAUAUAGCGUCCAAGCACCGACGAUCUUCCCCCUGAAGUUACUCUGCCAUGUUGCUUAGGUGAGCGGGAGGGAGGCGGUGCUGACCGGUGGCGGCGGCGGCCAUGCGCCCCGGCCCGCCAGUACAGCCGAGCCGCCGCAGGCCUCCCCGUCGCCAGGAAGAAGUCCCUCAGGAACGUAAUCGACGGCACCGGCGUGAUCGCUACCACCACCAGCAACCGCCACCGCGGUCACGCUCGUUAGGGAGCAGCUCGCGGGCCCUGCUGGUGUUGCUGCUGCUGGCCAGCAGCCCUCUGAUUCUGGGCCUGGCCGAGCCGCCAGGUGUACACGGGGCCGAGAGGCAACAGGCGCUCUCAAGAUCUCACCAGAAAACCGAUCAGCCGAGGAAACAGCAAAAUCUCACCAUCGGAUACCUCACUGCGAUCAAAGGCGGGCUGAAAGACCGCCAGGGCCUUGCCAUCUCCGGGGCGUUCUCCAUGGCCCUUGACGAGAUCAACAAGAAUCCAGAUAUACUACCGAACGUAAGACUGGUGAUGCGAUGGAGCGACACGAGGGGAGAAACCGUGGAAGCCACCAAGGCAAUGAUCGAUAUGAUCUGCGACGGGGUUGCAGCCUUCUUUGGACCAGAGGGCUCGUGUUACGUUGAAGCCAUAGUCGCUCAGUCCCGCAACAUACCCAUGAUUAGUUAUAAAUGCUCGGACUACAAGGCGUCGAAGGUGAACACGUUCGCGAGGACCGAGCCGCCGGACACGCAGGUGACAAAGUCGGUGAUCGCGUUGCUGCUUCAUUAUGGCUGGAAUAAAUUCAGUAUCAUCACGGAGAACGCGUGGUCGACGGUGGCCAGGUCGCUCGAGGAGCAGGCCAAAAAGAACAAUCUGACCGUGAACCACUACAAGACCGUCGAGGAUCGUCACACGUGCUGCGAGGAGAAGAUGGCCUGCUGUCAACCGAACCCAUGGUUCCAACUUAUACAGGACACCAAAAAUAUGACUAGAAUUUACAUAUUCGUGGGGACGGCGAUGUCGCUGAUCGACAUGAUGAACCAGAUGCAGAACCAAAGGCUGCUGGACAACGGAGAGUACAUGGUGAUCCACGUGGACAUGAUGAUGUAUUCGCCGCGCGAGGCGCAAAAGUACUUAUGGAAACCGGAACACUUCGACGACCUGCAGAACUGUCUCGAGCCGAAGGACUUCCUGAAGAAGGCGCGAUCUCUGAUGGUAGUGGUGUCGACGCCACCCACGCAGAAUUACGAGGAGUUUACUAAGAAAGUCAGGGAUUACAGCAGCAAGGAACCGUUCAACUUUGUCAUCCCCGAAUUGCUCAGGAAAUACGAGAAGUAUGUGUCGAUCCACGCCGCGUAUCUUUACGAUUCCGUGAAACUGUACGCGAUAGCCCUGGACCAACUUAUUAGGGAUCAACCGGAACACACGCUCGAGGAAAUCGCCAGUAACGGUACUCAAAUCAUCGAGACGAUUAUCAGAAAUCACACGUAUCAGAGUGUUAGCGGCGCGACGAUAAAGUUCGACAAGUACGGCGAUUCCGAGGGUAACUUCUCUGUGCUGGCCCUGAAGAAGGAUCCGUUCCGUUUCAACAACUUCUCCUGCGACUAUCAGAUGAAGCCUGUGGGCCAAUUUCAACCGGGUGAAACUCUAUUAAACAGGGACCGCGUAGACCUCGUGCAAGCCAAAUACAUAGUAUCAACGGACGGAUCUCGAUCGCAGGUGUACAGGCCGUCGGAGGCGAUGGACUGGCCGGGUAAGAAUAAACCGGAAGCGGAACCGGGAUGCGGUUUCCACAACGAGCACUGUCCCAAAGACGACACGCAUCUACGUAGCAUCGUGGCGGCCGGUGUCCUGGCCGUUCUGUUGUUCUGCGCGGCGGUCAUCACCAUGAGUAUAUACCGGCGGUGGAAGAUAGAGCAGGAGAUUGAGGGGCUGCUGUGGAAAAUCGAUCCGAGUGAGAUUCACGGUUAUCCUCAUCUUGACAACUUGAUGUCCUCCCCUAGUAAGUUAAGUUUAGUUAGCGCAAUGUCCUACGAGUCAAGAUGCGGGAACCAGGUGUUCGCGCAAACCGGGCAUUACCACGGCGUGGUGGUGAGGAUUAAAGAGCUGAAGUUCUCGAAGAAGAAGGACAUAUCGAGGGACGUGAUGAAGGAGAUGCGUAUCCUUCGCGAGAUCAGGCACGGCAACCUGAACUCUUUCAUCGGUGCGUGCGUCGAGCCAAUGAGGAUAUUGUUAAUUACGGACUAUUGCGCCAAAGGAAGUCUUUAUGAUAUCAUCGAGAACGAAGAUAUCAAGUUAGAUGAUAUGUUCAUCGCGUCAUUAGUUCACGAUCUCAUUAAGGGUAUGCUGUACAUUCAUGAGUCAUCUGUGCUAGUCUGUCAUGGUAAUCUGAAGUCUUCCAAUUGCGUGGUGACCUCGCGAUGGGUGCUUCAAGUCUCUGAUUUCGGUCUGCACGAUAUGCGCCACUGUGCCGAGUCCGACAGCAUUGGUGAACAUCAGUAUUAUCGAAACUUAUUCUGGAAGGCACCUGAGCUAUUGAGGAAUCCCAAUGCUCCAAUCAGAGGGACUCAGGAGGGCGACAUUUAUUCGUUCGCGAUUAUACUGUUCGAGAUGAUCGGACGCAAGGGGCCGUACGGCGGUGUGAAUCUAGAACCCAAAGAAAUCAUAGACCGAGUGAAAAGGUUCCCAGAAGAUGGUGAACCGCCGUUUAGACCUAACAUAGACAUACUGUCCGAGUCCGAAGCGGACUGCGCUGAGUAUAUAGUUAGUACGAUUACCGAUUGUUGGGCGGAAAGUCCCGAGGACAGGCCCGACUUUAAAAUGAUACGGACCCGACUAAAGAAAAUGAAAGCGGGACGGCAUCGGAAUAUUAUGGACCAGAUGAUGGACAUGAUGGAGAAAUAUGCGAACAACCUCGAAGAUCUAGUCAGUGAACGCACACGCCUUCUUUUCGAGGAGAAGCAGAAAACCGAAGAUCUGCUUCAUAGAAUGUUGCCCGAACCCGUAGCUAAUUGUUUGACGAAUGGAAUCGGUGUAGAACCGGAGGCAUUUGAUUUGGUCACUAUAUACUUCAGCGAUAUCGUCGGCUUCACUGCGAUGUCAGCAGAAAGUACACCUUUCCAGGUCGUGAACUUUCUGAAUGACUUGUACACUUUGUUCGAUCGGAUAAUCAAAGGAUACGAUGUAUAUAAAGUAGAAACGAUCGGCGACGCCUACAUGGUGGUUUCUGGUUUGCCAAUAAAAAAUGGAAACAGACACGCCGGAGAAAUAGCGUCGAUGUCGCUGGAACUACUUAACGCCGUGAAACAGCAUGCCAUAGCUCACAGGCCUCAAGACACUCUUAAAUUGCGCAUUGGAAUUCAUACAGGCCCUGUAGUAGCAGGUGUCGUUGGUCUAACAAUGCCUAGGUAUUGUUUAUUCGGGGACACCGUAAACACGGCUUCGCGAAUGGAAUCGAACGGAGAACCAUUGCGCAUUCACAUAAGCGAGCAGUGCAAGAAUGCCUUGGACAAGAUCGGUGGUUACAUUAUCGAGGAACGCGGUUUAGUUCACAUGAAAGGGAAAGGAGAAGUGAAAACUUACUGGCUUACGGGAGCUACCGAGAAAGCCAUUCAGAAACGAGAGGUUGACGUCGGCGAUCUUGCACCGCUGUUUUGCAGACCAAGGAGGAGCCCAAAAUUGAACUCGGAUUCUCGACAGGCUUCAUUGUUGGGCGGUUUAGGAGCGGGCAGUCGCAGACAAUCGUGCGUUCCGAGGCCGACGCCGGACGACUCUUCAUCCCAAUGCGGAGGAUCCAGUCCUGUGCCUAAAUUUAAUUCCCGAAGAUUGGACCGAUCUCCUUUAUACUUAACCGACAGUAUAUCAAAGACGACGCUGGAUAACGCCGCGCUGCAGGAGGAGGUCGAAAAUCGAGCGGCGAACAUUAAAAUGGCACUCGACGAUUUGUUCAUCGACACAAGGCCGAAAUUUAGAAAAAAUGCGAGAGUUUUGUCGACGAUCGCGUCGUCGUCUUCCACCAGCGAUUAUCCGUUCCAAGCAAUAUUAAGGGAGUCCCGGUCAUUAGACCCAUUCCCGUUGGAACUUUACAGCAAGAGGUUCGAGUCGCCAAUUUCCUCCUGGAAGGAGCCGAAGAAGAGCUCCCGGUCGUUAGAAAACUGUGACAAGUGCACGCGGACUAACUCGAAGACGAAUAUUUCCGAUAAUGUGUUAAAUAAUAAUUAUCCGAACGGCAAUGUGAUAAUAGUGCCUCACACGGUGGAAGAGUCGCCGAACGAAGCAGAGACACCGUUGUUAGGAGACGAGACUGGGUAUUUGGGAGAAGUAGUGCCUGUUAAACGUUGGCGCUCGCUGGAUCAAGUUCCUAGCACGGACAGUGUGCCGGACAAGAAGUCUUCCGCGAGAAACUCGAUUAGAAGUUGGCUGAUGAAUCUGUUCAGUGGCAAUGGAUUACGCAACAGCGACGUUUCUUUAAGGAGGGGUGUGAUAGCUGGCUACGACAUACAGUCGGAACGCGAGAGUAUAGUUUGAUCCAAAAGUUGCGCUCCUUCUUUAAGGAGAGACGAAGGAGAUUUUUUUACAAAACGUACGAGUACACAAAGACGUUUACAUUACGAAGUCAUAAGCAUGAUGUAUUGUUGCCAUUUUUUUUUAACGUAUACUAGAUAGGCAGAAUUUGUGGGUAUGAAAGUUACCGGACCGUGUAUAUUUUUAAUACCUAAAUAUUUUACGACUUGUAUUAAAGUACGCUUUAUACUGGCGGCGAAACAUAAUUUUCUUUUUUUACGUAGGCGCGAGAUCUAUCUGUUAAAAUUUUUUUAAUCCGAGAAUAUAAUGAAGCUAGAACGAUUUUUAUAAAAAUGAUUCUAACCAAAGUAUACAGAAGUACAGAGAUCAUGUAAAAAAGAUGUCUAUGUCGAGGAUAGUGCAAACGAUUCCCGUCGCGCAACGCGACUAAGGGAAGAAGAAUAGAUAGUUAAGUAUGCGCACGUGCUUCGGGCAUAUGUAUGUAUGUAUAUACAUGUAUGUAUGUAUAAUUUCGAUACUUGUUCACUGGAGGAAAGCAAAUAAUCCGUAUGGCUGUGAAAAGUGAACUAGAUUGUACCUAAGGUGCUUAGUAAUAUAUCAUCUUGUCAAAUGUAUAUAGGUGAAUAAUAAUAUAUAGAUGUAAAGAUAAAAUGUAAAUUAAAAGAAAUAUUAUCUUCUGUAAGAGCUGAUUAAAGGUUCGUCUUUUCAAA